AUGGAGACUCACCUCCAACAUUUGUCCAUUGCCUUCAGCAUACUCAAGGAGCAUUCUCUCUUUGCUAAACUUAGCAAGUGCUCCUUUGGACAGUCCAAAAUUGAGUAUCUUGGACACAUCAUUUCUGGUGAAGGAGUUGCAGCUGCCCCAGAGAAGAUAGCCUGCAUGGUGAAAUGGUAUGUACCCACCACCUUGAAGGAUCUUAGGGGAUUCCUAGGCCUUACAGGUUAUUACAGGAAGUUUGUCAAGAAUUAUGGUCUUAUUCGCAAGCCAAUGACAGACUUACUUAAGAAGAAUAAUUUUACUUGGAGUGCAGAAGCACAGUUAGCUUUCGAAAAACUUAAAUAA